CAACCCGAACCCUCUCUCUAUCCUCGCCUGCGCUGCUCCCUCCGCUGGGACUGGGAGGACUCUUCGGGGAGCUUCCGCCGCCACUGUUCCGCCGAUUGGGUCUCUGAGAGGGUUUUACGGAACGACGUCACCCCCCGGUCCACUUGGCCCUUAGCAGCCAAGACUUGCUGAUUUGGGGGCUGUCGUACGGCCGCUUGAACAUUUUCAGUGGUAUGUGAAUAGAGAGGCCACAGAAUUGUUGUUCGGCUCUACUGUUUGGCUGCACUGCCCAAGUAGAUGUGAAGGUUCUUGUUCUUCAUGAUAAAACAUGGCGACUGAUAUCCCCAUCAGAAUGGUGGAAAGCAGUGGUGCUAGAAAAUGGCCUUCUUCUGAUGCUGCAAAGCUUGGAGCUCCACUGAAUAACAUGGCAACCGAGGAACUGGGUCUCUUGCUGGGCGGGCAUAGAUUGCAGGGAAAUGGGGCAGGCACUACACCUAAUAGAAGUGGAAGUGCACCACCGAGCAUGGAGGGAUCAUUUGCAGCUCUUGCAAACCUUUUAGCUCAACAGAACGUGAACCUGGACCCCAGUUUGGCUAGUCUAAGCAGUGCUCUUCAGAAUUGCGAGUCCGAGGAGCAACUUCGCUCUGACCCUGCAUAUAUUGCUUACUAUUGCUCCCAUGUCAACCUCAACCCGAGGAUACCUCCACCUCUUAUUUCACAAGAGAAUCGCCGUCUGGUAAACCACAUGGGUGGCUUUGGCAAUAAUCGUAAAUUAAUUUCACUCGAUGACAGUGGGGAAAGACCCUUGCAUCUGUCUGGAGGUAACUUGUUUACUCAUGUUGAGGAGCCUGAAGAUGAUAAACAACCUUCGCUAGCAUCGGAUAAUACGGUAAAAGGUUGCAUGCCUAUGUUUGACCAGAGCGAGAUUUCUUCAGGUCGUCACAAAAGUUUGGUUGAUUUAAUACAGGAAGAUUUCCCUCGUACACCUUCUCCUGUAUAUCAGUCUCGUUCCUCGAGCCAUGCAGCCGAAGAAAGCAUAGAUCACGACCUUCAUGCACUUUCAUUAAAUGUUUCUUCCAUUGAUAUUCCAAAAAUAUCGGAAUCAAGUUUGGGCUCCGUUGAUGAAAGUGCAGAGAUGUCUGCUGUUGAUGAGCCCUCCCAGACCUCUUUUCCUAGUUUAUCCAGUCAGAAAUUAAUGAACAAACAGGAAGAUGAGCUAGGCAGUAAAGAAGCUGAACUGGGACAUGAGGCCUCUAUAUCUGGGCUAGAUGUCUCUAGAGCCGACGAGAGCAAUUUUACUAGUAAAACAGAGCACCAAACUUAUGGGGGAAAUCUUCCAGCAUAUCGAAGCGCAGCACAGCGAGCUCCUCCACUUCAAAUUCCUGUAGUCCAAGGUCAGAUGCUUUUUCAAGGAUCAAAUCAUCCACAAGGCCAUAUGGAGAGAUUUCCCCCUGGGAACCCAAAGUCCUCUUCUGAGGGACAAUUCACGAUGCAUUCACCUGGACUUGCACCACCCUUAUAUGCUUCUGCCGCUACUUAUGUGACUUCAAAUCCUUAUUACCCUAAUCUUCAGCCACAAGGAGUAUUUGCCCACCAAUAUGGUUUAGGGGGUUAUGCUCUGGGCUCUGCAAUUCUUCCGCCUUAUAUGGCUGCUUACCCUCCUCAUGGUGCUUUCCCAAUGCCAUUUGAUGCUACAUCUUCUCCUAGCUUUAAUGGGAGAACAGGCAAUGUUUCAGCUGGACAAGGCAUUCCUAGUGUGGGGGAUAUCCCACAUAUAAGCAAGAUUUAUGGACAGCAACCAGUAGCUUACCAGCCUCCUUUUGUGGAUCCUGUUCAAAUGCAGUAUUUCCAUCAUCCUUUUGAUGACGGUUAUGGGGGUUCUGCCCAGUUUGGUCGUUUCUCUAGAGGUGGUGUUGGGGGCCAUUCGAAUUCUUUUCCAUCUCAUAAUGAAGGGCCCAUUGCUAAUCACAUGAGUGAUCAGAAAUUUCAGUUUCCUGCUAAUGGAAGCAUGGGCAUUUCAAAUCCAAGGAAGGGGGAUGUCAUGGGCAGCAACUAUUAUGGAAGUUCCCCCAGUCUGGGUGUAAUGACACAAUUUCCAGGCUCCCCUCUUGCUAGCCCAGUGUUGCCAUCAUCUCCAGUAGGUGGAAUGAACCACUUUGGUCGACGAAAUGAGAUGAGGUUUGUCCAAGGUUCUACGAGAAAUGGAGGGAUGUAUAAUCCUUGGCAAGGUCCUAGGGGGGCUAGCGGCUUUGAUGAUCCUAAGAGAAAUUCCUUUCUUGAAGAGCUUAAGUCCAGCCAUUCCCGCAAGUUUGAGCUUUCUGAUAUUGCAGGACGAAUUGUUGAAUUCAGUGUGGAUCAACAUGGGAGUCGAUUCAUUCAGCAGAAAUUGGAGAAUUGCACCGUUGAAGAGAAAGCAGAUGUGUUCAAAGAAGUUCUUCCUCAUGCAUCAAAAUUAAUGACUGAUGUCUUUGGGAAUUAUGUUAUACAAAAGUUUUUUGAGUAUGGUAGUGCUGCACAGAGAAAGGAGCUUGCAGAUCAACUCGCAGGGCAGAUGUUGCCUUUGAGUUUGCAAAUGUAUGGUUGUAGGGUAAUUCAGAAGGCCCUCGAUGUCAUUGACCUUGAUCAAAAGACGCGACUAGUACUUGAAUUAGAUGGACAUGUUAUGAGAUGUGUGCGGGAUCAAAAUGGGAAUCACGUGAUUCAGAAGUGUAUAGAGUGUCUACCCGGUGACAGGAUUGGCUUCAUCAUAUCAGCUUUUCGUGGUCAAGUAGCCACCCUUUCAACUCAUCCCUACGGUUGUCGUGUCAUUCAGAGAGUUCUGGAGCAUUGUUCUGAUGAGGACCAAAGUCAGUGUAUCGUGGAUGAGAUAUUGGAAUCUGCUUGUCGGCUUGCUGAAGACCAGUAUGGCAAUUAUGUGACCCAGCAUGUCCUUGAAAGGGGGAAUCCUCUAGAGAGGGCUCAGAUCAUCAGCAAGUUGAGUGGGAAAAUUGUACAGAUGAGUCAGCACAAGUAUGCCUCGAAUGUAGUUGAAAAGUGCUUAGAAUACGGUGAUGCUGCUGAAAGGGAACUCCUCAUUGAGGAAAUUAUUGGGGGCUCCGAGGAAAAUGACAAUCUCUUGGCGAUGAUGAAGGACCAGUUUGCGAACUAUGUGGUGCAAAAGAUUCUCGAAGUGAGCAACGAUAACCAUCGGGAGAUACUGCUCGAACGCAUCAAAACCCACCUCAACGCAUUGAGGAAGUACACUUACGGGAAGCACAUCGUUGCUCGUUUCGAGCAGCUAACAGGGGAAGAUACUCAUGCCUCGGAAACGAACAGUGCUUAGUUGGCGAUCAAGUGAGAGAUUCAUCGGAUAGCUGCAUGGGGAAACCAAGCUGAUUGGGACAGGAGAGGACGGAGGGGAUCGAGCCAGAAGCAUUCUUUGCUAGAUUAUAAGCAGAAAUUAUGGGAUUUCUAGGAAAAAGAAAAACAUGUUAUCUUAGGUGUUUUUAAGGUGAGUGAGUGAAUAAUAUAAAAGCAUGUAUGUAUAUAUUCUUAUAAAUGGUAGGAGCUGUAAUUAUUAUGUUUUAUCUAUGUAAAGUACAGGGUAAUGUGUGUGGUAAGUAUCUUAUUACAUCUUAUCAUCAUCUGAAGUAAAAAUAUCUAUUGCUUGGA